UAUCAUCAAAUAUCAAUUUUGAUUUUUGGUAAACAUUAGUAAAACUUUAUAUAAAACGAAAGCAACUAUAAAUUUUUAUUUUAUUACUGUUGUAGGUUUCACAUUUUCAUUUUCCUAUUUGAAUAGUUAGGCCCCAGACGGUCUAAAAGGUGUGCAAUGUAACGUAAACGUUGACUGAAUCGUCCUGUGUUAAGCAAGAGUUACCUAGUUAUUACCAAACAUGAAAUCCAGUAAACGUAGACUCCAGGCGCUUGCAGAGGGUUCUGAAGGUCUUUCAAAUUAUCUGAAGAUGGAGGAUUCGGAAACAUCAAUUCCACCAGUUUUUAGAUCACGGUUACACGAGCUGUUUUCGCAGAUUGAAAAAGAAUUUGACCUUCUCUACUCAGAAAAUUUAAAUCUGCAGGAAAAAAUAGAUAUUCUAAGUGAAAAACUUGAACGAGAAAGUUGUGUUGGCGAUAAACAGAAUGCUGAUUAUAUUGAAUUUGAGACAACAGGAAAAUCAUCAAAAGCAAAAAUAUCACAGAAUAAUUCUCAGAAGGUGAAAACAAGUCAUAAGUUAAGAGUACAGACAAGUAAAAUUGUGUCCAGUUUUAAGGCACCAACAUACAACUGCCAGCUUGUAAGGGAGUUUACUGGACACAAAGAUGGUAUUUGGGAUGUGUCUUCGGCAAGACCUGGUCAGGCUCUUAUUGGUACUGCCUCAGCAGAUCACACAGCAUGUAUAUGGAGUGUGGAAUGGGGGAAGUGCUUACUGCAGUACACUGGACAUGCUGGUUCAGUAAACUCAUUAAAAUUCCACCCCACCAGGGAUAUUGCUCUGACCAGUAGUGGGGAUAAUACAGCACAUGUAUGGCAGGCUGCUGUUAAUUGGGAUCUACCACGUGGCCAAUCAUCAGAAGAAGAACUUGAAGGUGGUGGCGAAGAAAGUAUGGGAGAAACUGACAGACCUGAAGUACUGCGAACACCACUUUCCGAACUCAUGGGGCACCAGGGCGUGGUGGUAGCUGCAGAUUGGUUAACUGGAGGUGAACAUGUGAUAACCGCUUCCUGGGAUCGAACCGCUAAUCUAUAUGAUGUAGAGACAGGGGACUGUUUACAAAUAUUGACAGGUCACGAUCACGAGUUGACGCAUGCGUCUGCGCAUCACAGUUCCCGGCUAGUGGUGACGGCAUCUCGAGAUACCACUUUCCGUCUUUGGGACUUCAGAGAACCCAUACAUUCAGUGUCUGUGUUUCAGGGUCAUACUGAGAGUGUAACAUCAGCCGUUUUUACUCGAGAGGACAAAGUUGUUUCUGGAUCUGAUGACCGUUCCGUUAAGGUCUGGGAUGUCCGGAACAUGAGGUCAGCUCUAGCGACUAUUCGCUCGGAUUCAUCCGUUAACCGGGUCUCUGUAAGCAGUGGUGGAUUAAUCGCCAUACCGCAUGAUAACCGACAGGUUCGCCUGUUCGAUCUCCAGGGACAAAGGCUAGCGAGACUACCGCGGUCAAGUCGACAGGGUCAUCGCCGUAUGGUGACGUCAGUCGCAUGGUCAGAAGACAUGUCAUCGGGCAUCAAUUUCUUCAGUUGUGGCUUCGACAGGCGCAUUCUCGGCUGGUCCAUACAACCGUCUAAGGAAAAUUAAUUUAGCAUUAAAUAGUCACCGUAUACCUUCGGAACCACAUCGAGUACGUACAGACAUGAUAAUUAAAUUAUUAAGUAUAUUUUAAAAUAACUAAGACAUGUUUAUAUUAUGUUUAUGUCACAUGGUUAUUAGAUGCCUCAAAUUAUUAACAUUUAUUAAAUAUAAAUAUAAGUUUUUUUUCCAGUUAAAAAAAUGUAUGUAUGUAUGACUUUUUUCAUGUCCAGUACCUACUGUGAUUCGUGUUAUUUAUUGUUCUUAUAAACCUUGAUUAUGUAAAAUAACUAACGUGGAGGUUUUGUUUAUAUUAAAUUUAAUUUAGCACAUAAUUGUAGAUAUUCUUCGUAUUACACAAAAUAUUUUUCUACUUAGACAUUUAAAUAAUGAACGGCCUUGUUUUAAAACGUUCACGUGCUUGUUGCCAUGGUUACCAUUCGGUUGAGUGAAGAUAACUUUGUAGCCACGGUAACAAUACGGGAUUAACUUUUCACGUUUUAAAAUAUGGCCGUAUGUCAAAUCCAGUAUGUUUAACACAAACUGUAGUCAUACUUGGAACUUCGACUCUGCAACUUUAAUGCUUAUAUAGUCAUCGGGUUCUGUAGCCAAAAUACCAGUCGUUCACUACGAAACGUAAAUUAUUGGAAAGCGUGUUUGACAGAUGUUAAAAAAAAUACUAAUAUGGGAUUAUUAUUGUUGACUAAACUACAUUACACAAAGACAAAUUUAUAUCUCUCCUAAUAAGAUUAUGUCAAAAUUAAAUAAAAAAACGAAUAACUUAUGAAUCAAUCCAUUUCACGUCUAAGGCUGAGAUUUAGACACGAUAUUGUAAGAGAGUUAAGGUCCUGGCUACGCCCAGCCCCGGCUUAGUUUACAUAAACACAUUCAGAAACAUCGUUCAUGUCAAAAAAGGCUAGUUUCUAUUGUUUUUGAAUAUUGCAGAAAAGCUUUAUAAUUCAAAGUCAAAAAUCAUUUAUACAACGUAACACAAUAUACACUUAUGAACGUAAAAAAAUAUAUACAUUAAAUGCUUCUAAUUGAACUGUAAAAAUGAGAAAUAAUGUGUUUAUUGCCAAUUCACAUCUUAACUUCACCCGAAAGCUAUUAGCUUUAGAAGUGUAGAAAAGGGAAAUAAUUUCAAUAACUCGUUAACAGUACUUCUUCUGAAUGUAUGACUGGAAACAACUAUAUGUAUUAAUUUAACGUAGGAACUUAUUUAUUUGUGUCAAUUGUCAAAUUGAUGUAACGUUAAACACAACAUUACAUCAUUCAUUCAUAUCUGUGUUAUGAAUGAUGUGAUGUUUAUUCAAGUCGAUAUUCAUCACAUGGUAAAUUAAGCCAAUUUGCCAAUUCCUAAAUAGCCGGCAACGCACUUGCGAGCCUUAUGGCAAUGUCAGUGGCAUGUAUCACUUAACAUCAGGUGAGCUUUCUGCCUGUUUGUUUCCCUCUUAUAUAAGAUUUUGACAUGUCAUAGUUCGUGCUAAGUGUCAUUUCUGAAUCUUUAGGGGCCAUUUAAGUAUUAUGUAAGCACUAUUUGUCUUUUAUUUUCUUAUUCGGUGAUAACGUCAACAGUGAAUAUUUACUUUUUCACACAUAUCAUCUAUGCUUGUCACAUAUUGUCUAUGCUUGAAAACGGAAAUGCAUUUUCGAGUAAUGCAGUAAUAAAUUGCAGUAAAUCUGCCUACGUAAUACUCGAACCGUCCUCUACACCCUCGCGUUGGUUUUUCCUUUUUGUUCAUAAAGUGUCUUAGUCAACUGUAGAUAUAUAUAUAUAUAUAGAUCGAUUCCGAAAAAUGUUCCUGGCUGCUCUAAUUGUACUCGGUAAAAACCUUAAAUAAUAAUUACAGCGAUGAAAUUGCAUUAAUCCCGUGGGGUAAAACCGACAUUGUUUAAUACUGAGAUAUUUACAAUUCGUAGGCAUUACGUGUGGUAUUUUGAUGUAGAACCCAGGCAGUACACAGGCGGUUCCUAUUGAGGUAUUCAUCGAAAAAAUAUUUUUAAUAAAUAUAGAAUAAAAGUAUUACAACAAAUAAUACUAUAAUAUUGUAAUGUUUCCGAACCUCUAUAGUUGGGAAAGAAGUUAUCAAUGCAGAUAAUCUAACUUGUCUAUGAAUUUUAAUCAUAGUCGUAUUUUAGCGUCAAAUCAUUUAAUAUUUUUUUCUAUACAAGGUUGCUGAAUAUUCUUCUUUUUAAAAUAUUAUUUAUAAACACGUAUUUAUUUUUCUUCAAAUCUAAAAUUAACAUCAACUGUAAAUCUGUCUUAAUAUCGACAUGCGUGAAAAUUAAUUUAACUACUGGUGUAAUCAGAUUAAUUGUAAGAUGUAAUUAAAAGUGAUAAACAACGGAUGUAAAAUAAGGUGUAUUUAUAUCAAUGUGUCGAAACAUUGUGAUAAUUAAUGGUUUCGUGCUGAAAACUGAUAUCUUCAGCAUUUAUGAUCAAUGUUAAUGACGUUCAUAUUUAUGAAGGUUAUGCCAAGUAGUAAACCAAAAUUGUUAAAUAUUUCGUGUUUAAUUCAAAUAUAUUAGGAAUUUCUAAUAUAUUUUACAUCGUAAAGCGCAGUUCAAUAUAUUAUACGUAUUCAGGCGAAGCGCUAUUUCAGAGGUUGACAUUUGACAAAUGACAAUUGACACUAUGCAGACCUACAAUGUUUUGUGCAUUCAUUUCUUAUGCUGUCGUAAAAUCCAUUCUAAAUUGUUUUUAAGUAUCUUAUUUUUAAAUGACUUUUCGAUGAAAAGCCAGGUCUCUUUUACUGCAGAUGUGACAGGUAAGCCCAUAAAAUUGUCAUAAUAGAUAGGUUAUAAUAGAUUUCGUCCCUUUUAAUUGUAUAAGCCUUAGGAAAUAUGAUCUGGUAAUGGUUAAUGAUCUUAAGAUAUAAUUCAGGGGCAAGGAAACUCUCCCAUAUUUGUAAAAUUUAAGAUAUUUCACAUUUCAUCUGCAGAGCUUGUAUAUAAAAAAAUUGUAUUUGUGUUUACAAUAUUUUUUGAGCACAACUUAGCUUUUAAGAUGUUGACGCCUAUAGAGUUUAAUAUGAUGUUAUAUAACCUGGUUGUAGGUAUGAUGUAUAAUUACAGCAUAAUACGUGUUUAAUUAGGAGGUUUAUUUGUGCUUUAUUUCUUCUAGGCAUAUGCACAAAAGAUUUCUCGUUUGGGGAAAUGUAAAAAUAUCUCUGUUUAAUAAUAAAAAGCGAUGGUUAACAGAGAUGAAGGUUACGCAUGCAUACGUACAUGCAUUAUUGUACUCUGUACUGAAAAAAAAACACAGAACACAGUUGCUGCGUGAUGGCCAGGUAUAAUUUGUGCGUAAACCUUUAUCUGAUUUACUAGUCAUGAAAAUUUUAAUUAACCAAAGAUAAGGCUCAGUUCUAGUUCUUACUUCUUUAUUCAUAUAUAUCGAUUUUACAUAUCAAUAUUAUCGCAUAUAAAAUAUCUAUAGCUUUGGCGGGCUUAUUUCAAAAUGUGGACUAAAGGCUUCGGUUAUUAUGGUUACGAUAUAUGGUAACCAUAGUAACACGCACUGGUUCUAGCGUACGCUGUUGAACGUUGCACUUGGAUCUAUUCCAAAUUGACCUAAGUCUCACAUAUCAAUUAGAAUUUUCUAAUAUAAAUAAACUUGAAGUUUUUUGUAAUCGUGACUAUUUAGGGCGUAAGAAUUAAUUGCCGCUAGGAAACUUAGGUACUUAUGUUAACACCACCGCAGCUACAGAUAAGGUUAGAAGUGUUAUAUUUUAUGAUUUGUCAUUUUUUUCGACAAGUCAUUGAAACACUUCACACUUCACUAAACCUGACUGACGAGGUGUACAGUAUGCGACCACGGUUGUAAUCUGUUGCUGCGUAAGUACCGGAAGUUCCUACAAAUUUAUUUGACCAGUUCAAUUGAUUAAUGAUUUUAUGUAAUUUGCGUUAUGGUUGUGGACUUUAAAUUCUUCAUUUUCCUAGCAUUUGUUGUAAGUGGUACUUAGUUAAAGUAGUUUGUACUUAUUUUCUUUUGUUAAGCGUCAUUUUAAUAACUGGCCCAUUGUUUUGUAUGUAUGUAACAGAAUAUAAUUAAUGCAAAAAAUAAAAUCACUUGAUUUUGUUUAUGAGGAUAACGUAUGCAUAUGCAUAACUCAUGCAGUAGAUUCAUGUUUAUGACAUAUGGCCGUUAAAUCGGAAAAAGAAUCAGCAACGGAAUGUAAUUAUGGUCUUAAUACUUUAAAUAAUUAGGUAUUUCAAAAUGUUAAAAAUGGGUACGGUCUGUGUUGUGUACCAAUUGAGUUUUAUGUGCGUAUUUAACACUCGAUCGGACGGUGAAGGAAACCGGCAUGCAGAAGGCAGAUCACCAUGAUUAUUAGAAAAAACAAUCACGAAACAGAGGCCCAGACCUAAAAGGCUAUAGCACAACUGGUUAUCUUCCUUGUUGGCCCUUAAGGGCCAUACCUCACCGAGAUGCCAUGGCGACAUGGCCAGCGACGUCGCCAACUAGUUCGUAUUGAGAUGUAUGCCGGAUAACUCACUUGGCGACCGACUGGUGACGUCACCAAGUAGCCAGCGUAGGCAGAGUCGAUCGCUCUGCAUACGGCGACUGGUGACGCUGGAUACCUGGCCAAGUUGCCAGUUGUUUGCACGUGUUUGUAUGCUCCGUCACUCACUCAGUCGCCAACCAGUUGCCGCGUUACCGACAUAAACUCAAUAAUUCAUCGAAUGUUAGUGAUAUCCUCAGAUAAUUGAACAUUUUUCAGGGUAUUUACUCAAAUCUUCAUAGUGUUUGAGAAAAACACCGCUUUGGCUUCGGUUUGAUACAAACGGGUGUAACCAUAUUUUUUUCUUUUUUCGUUUCAUCUUUUUGCGACGCUGGUAAUAAUAUAAUAACAGUGCAGUCAUUUUGUCAUCCAUUCCUGACUGUCGAAACAAAACUGAAUGCUUUGGCGACGCAGGAACACCCGACGUAACCAUGGUAACGUCGCCAAGGCAACUCGGUGAGGUAUGGUCCUAACGGAUAUAAUUACAAAUAUCGCGUGUAUAACGAGUAUUUAUUGAAUGAAAAAUUACAUAAAUUUUUGCUCUAUAUUAUAAAAGCUUAGCGAAAGCAUUAUUUAAUUGAAUUGUAUAGUAUUGCAUUAAUUUUGUAGGUAAUUAUCAUUCUAAACGUGUGUGUCAAAUAUUUAAUCAAUUUAUGUAUAAAUAUAUAUAACAUUGAUCCGAUUAUGUUAUUUCUGUUAUAGUAUAAAUAAAAACGAUGAU